AGAUGUUCCAUAAGUUUGAAUAUUUCCAGUUAAGUUAACAAUGAGUAAAAGAUGAAAAAGAGUAACUAUGGAAACAAAGAAUACAAAUUAAUCCAUCAAAUAUUGUGCUUAACAGCAGUUGAUUUCAACAACAAAACUAUAUAUGGCUUUGCUGAGCUCCAUAUAUUGCCACUUGUCAACCACCUCAGCCGAAUUAAAGUUAACUGCAAACAAUCUAAAAUUUUCAGAAUCUGUGUAAAAGGUUCUGGACUAGAUACUUGGUUGGAAGCAUCAUUUUUAACACAAGAUCCUGGAAUAAACUUUUGCCCUGAUACUGUGCAGAAUCUAGAUGUUCUUUUAAAUAAAUUAGAAGCUGCUGUUUUGCAAACAGAACCUGAUCAAAAUGGUGGAGAAAUUAUUGUGCAACUGCCUAGUGAAACAAUACCUCUUAUAGCUGAGAAGAGAACACUUCGCAUUAGCAUUGAAUUUGUUCUUGAAGAUCCGAAAGGUGGAAUCCAUUUUGUAAAUCCUGAAAUAGAAGGAAGUCCGGUGAAGAGAAAGUCACAUUUAUUUACUUACAAAUAUGGAAACUCAAGUCGACUCUGGUUUCCGUGUAUUGAUUCAUUCAGUGAAGUUUGUACCUGGAAAAUAGAAGUUACAACAGAUAUUGGAAUGAUUGUUGUUUGUCCAGGAAACUUAGUAGAAAAAGUGUACACAUCUGAUGAAAAGCAAGCUACUCAUCAUUUCAUUCUUAGUACUCCAACAUCAGCAUCAAAUAUUGGUUUGGCGAUCGGGCCUUUUGAAGUAGUUGUUGACCAAGAACUCUCUGAUGUUAUGUGUUUUGUUUUACCUGGAUUAUCUCCUCUUGUCAUUCAUACAACCUCAUUUCUUGGCGAUGCCAUUGAGUUUUUUGAAGAAACACUAAAUGCACAGUACCCUUUCUCUGCUUACAAACUUGUAUUUGUUGAUGAAGCAUUUAUGUCAUCACAAACCUUUACAUCAAUGAAUAUUCUCAGCACAAAUCUUUUACAUCCUGAAAGCGUUAUAGAACAAACUUUUAUUUCAAGAAAGAUUUUGGUGAAUGGUUUAGCUGAGCAGUUCUUUGGAAUGUUUGUUGGUAUGCAUUCUUGGUGUGAUCUUUGGUUGAUUCAGGGUAUCUUUAGGUAUUUAGCUGGUUUAUUUUUAAAGAAACAUUUUGGAAAUAAUGAUUACAGGCUGUGGUUACAUAAGGAAUUAGAGUUGCUUUGUAAUUAUGAGCUGGUUGGACCAGGCCUCCCUCCACUAUACCCUUAUUCAUUAGUUACUCAUUCCAUAGAUGGUAAACAAGAAUCAACAAAUGAAAUAUCACAGAGUUCAGCUAUUCAACAACAUCCACAUAUAAUAUCAAGUAAACAACUAAAAAUGAUUGGCACAAAAAGUCAUUUUGUGAUGCGCAUUAUUGAGCUUCGGAUUGGUCAAGAUCUUUUACUUCAGGCUUUUAACAAGUCAUUAUCUUUGGCAUCUGCUGCUGCUGCAAAAAAUACAGACAUGAUGUUGUGGAGUAAUAUGCUGCUAUCCACAACUGGUUUUUUGAAAACUAUUUCUACUGUCUCUGGCAAAGAUAUAAAUAUUUUUCUUGAUCAAUGGAUCUGCCAUUCAGGUGUAGCAAAAAUAAAUGCUUCUUUCAGUUUCAACCGAAAAAGGAAUAUCAUUGAGUUAGAAGUCAGUCAGUGUGUUGGAAAAGGUUGCCAGAAGUAUGUGGGUCCUAUGAUUAUAUGCAUACAAGAAUUAGAUGGAUCAUUUCCACAUACUGUUCAAGUGGAAGAUAUUAUUUCUCAACACGAGUUGCCAUGCCAUUCUAAAAGUCGUCGUAAUAAAAAGAAAAAAAUUCCUCUUAUUACUGGUGAUGAAGUGGACAUGGAUUUAAGUGUGACAUUAGAUUCUGAUUCACCUGUGCUAUGGGUUCGUAUUGAUCCUGAUAUGACAUGGCCUAGACAUGUUUCCCUGCAACAACCAGAUUACAUGUGGCAGUAUCAGCUUAGAUAUGAAAGAGAUGUUACUUCGCAAAUAGAGGCUGUUCGUGCACUGGAAAAAUACCCAUGCUCAGGUACCAGGAGUGCUCUGAUUGACACAAUAAAUAAUGUAGAAGCAUUUUUUAAAGUUAGGAUGGAAGCAGCUUUUUGUUUAGCUAAGAUUGCUAACACAGAAGUAGAAGUUUGGGAUGGUGAAAGUGCCAUGAUUGAAAUAUUUGAGAAAAUGUUUGGCUCCAAUGCAUGUGCUUCCAUUCCAAAGUUUAAUAACUUUUCUAAUUUUACUGGGUAUUUUAUGCAAAAGGUACUACCCACAUCCAUAUCAAUGCUGAAGAACUCUCAGUCACAGUGCACAAGAAGGACACUGCAGUUUAUAUUAGAACUUCUAAAAUAUAAUGAUAACAGGUUUAACCAGUUUCAUGAUGGAUUUUAUGUAAGUUCAUUGAUUGAUGGUUUAAAAAAUGUAAUUGGUCCUGCACUACACUUAGCAUCAGCUACUUCAUUUGAUGAACGUAAAAAUCUUCCUGUUGAUGAACAUGCCAAGCUUGUACUAUCUGAAGUAGUCCGCAGAUUGAAUAUGGAUAAAAUAAUACCUUCUUUUCGAUAUGCUGUAACUUGCAGUUGUUUGAAAGUAAUUCGUUGCAUGCAGACCAAUGGUCAUAUUCCAGCUGAAUCAGCGCUUUUUAAAAAGUAUUCAAAAUAUGGGUUGUUUGAAGAUAUUCGAAUAACAGCUCUCAAAAUUAUGGUUGAUUUUGUCUCAGUUCACUUUUCUGAAACCGAUUUUGAUUGGUUACUAAAGAUAUUAGAAAAUGAGCCUUCACCAAGAGUAAAGCACACUGUUUUGCAAUGCUUAGUAGAUACUCCACCAUUAUUGAAUCAGACACAGAUCAAUAACUAUGGAUCGAUUAUGUACUCAAGGUUAUGGAAGCUAAUCAAUUUUGAUUCAGCAAGUAAUUAUCGUUAUCGUUGUGAUAUUAUUGAUUUCUUGAAAGUCAUGUAUGCAAAAUAUCCAAAAGCAUCAUUGAGUACCAGUGAAUUCAAAGAAAAAAAGGAAAAAGGAACUGUUCAUUCUGAGAGAGAGUUUUUAAAUAUAAAGCGAGAAGAGCCACCUGUCAAAAAGAAGCGGACAAGCUCUAGGGAGUCAACUUCCAGAGAAUCCUCUCCUAAAUUAAAUAUUUUAGAUUCAGAUCUUUCUAGCAAAAUAAAAUUAAAAAUAAAAUUUGGUGGUGAUGAUGUAAGUCAUGUCAGUGGUCAUGACUACCCUGGGAACAUUGCAACUAAGCAAAAGAAUGCUGAUGAAAAUCUUAUUACAAAGAAGCAGAAAAAAAAAAAGAAAAAAAAGCAUAAGGAAAAACACAAAAUGCCAUUAGAUAUACCUGGAACGUAUUCAAAUAUGUUAGACGAUCGUUUAGCUGCAGACGAUAGUCCGCUUGGAACAUUAAACAUGCCAAUAUCAUCAGGUUAUAUUAGUGGAUCUCCUGAACUUUCUUGAAAGUUGUUGCCUGAUUAGUAUUGUGUGUGCAACUUGUAGGAACAAGCAAUAGUUCCAAUUAUAUAUCUUUUUGUUUUGGUAGACGAUGCUUGCUUACAUACUUUUGCAUUAAAGUUAUUUAUGCUUAAAACAGCUCUAAAAAUGAACUAUAAAUAUAAUUCAAAAAAAACUAGACUGUUAAAUGAGAAUGUAAAAUCGAAUUUAUUGAAAUAUGUGAAAUACAGUAGAUAUACUGUAGAAAGAAAA